UCAAUUGUUUAAUACUGCUUUUUUUCCUUUCAAAUUUGCUACAUUCUGGCUACCUUUGCUACCUUUGUACUCUUCAGACAUUAUUUUUUUAUUGCUAAAUCUUUUAAUGGCAUUGAGCAUUCUUUUUGUUGAAUAAAAAACUUCAUAAUUUGCUUCACAAAGACCUAGGGCGUAUGUAUAUCCUAAUCGAAUUAUUUCAGUUUAAUGCAGUUUAUCAAAACUUUUGUUUCAUUUUUUCGCAAACAGAUUUUUUGGAAGUUUACUUCUUUAUUUAUUUUUAUUUAGCUAUCAGAUUCUUAAAAAUUUUUUUUUUUGAAAAAUUAAUAAAAAGAAUUCACGAUCGCCUCUAGUAGAUUAUAAUUCUUUUUGUGUGUGUUUUCGACUAACCAUUUUAUAGUUCAACACUAUUUAAAACAAAGUACUUACAAAAGGUUGUAGAGUUGCUUCUUGAUAACUAUACUUAAUGAAAACUCAAUGGCUUUCCGUUCUCAAAUAGAAAAAAGCAGAUCCAGACUCCCAAUUAUAAGCUGUUGAACUUUGAUGUAUCCUUUUUAAAUACAAUUAGUCCGAUAUAAUCCAUUUGUAUUGCAGUUUGUUGUUACGGUAUAUCUUGUAGUUUCGACUUAUUUGUUAAUUGUUGCAAUCUGUUCAAUACUAAUUGUUAUUUGAAAUGAUUUUUUUAAAUAAAAAUAAAAUAGAAAAUGCUUCAACUCCAAAGACUUUUUUUGUGAACAGUAGUUUGGUUUUUAAUUUGACAAAAGCUCAUUUAGGGUCAAACGCAGAUUUGUCAAAAUGGUUUACAACAUUAAUUUACUUUGCAUACGUGAUAACGUUUCUAAUUGGUUUUUUCGGAAAUCUUUUAGUAUGUUUGGUCAUUCAUCGAAAGAAAAACAAGAAAAUAAUUCACAUUCUUACGUUAAACUUAGCUGUAUCCGAUUUAAUUGUUUUACUGGUAUACUUACCUAUGGAAGCUUAUCAAAUUCAUACUCAAUGGGUUUGGGGUCUUGGAACUGUUUUAUGUCAAAUAUUAUACCCUGUAAACUCAUGCACCGUAAACGCCUCAAUAUAUACACUUGUUGUUAUUACUAGAGACAGGUAUAUUGCGAUUAAGCAACCGAUUACUGCAAUCAAAAGAAAAGCAUCUUCUGUUGUUCGAUGGAUAAUCGGUAUAUGGAUAUUCGCUUUCUUAUUAAGCAUGCCAUUAAUGUUUGUUGUAAAUGCAUCAACUAUGUAUUGUAAUGAGCACUGGCCUAAUAUUCACUUAUCUCGUGUUUACUGGUUCACCAUAUUUGCCAUUCAAUUUGUUAUUCCACUUAUAUUUAUUGUGUUAACCUACAUUCUUAUCAUUUACCAUAUACAAUUUCAAAACUUGUCCUUUAGCAGCGCAAACAGCACGGUUCACACAAAAGUUGCUGGUAAUAAAAAACUUCAAGCUCGUCUUUUAAGCGAUAUUAUAGCGGUCUAUACUAACACAGAAUUGAAAGUACUCAAAAGAGAACGAAAAAAGAGAGCUAACUGCAGGGACAUUAUUCGACGCAAAAAGCAGUUAAAUAAAAUUCUCAAAAUGAUUGUAGUAUUGGUUAUCGUUUACUUUAUAUGCGUUUUACCACAACAUACAGUAUUUGUAGUUUCAACAAUUUCUCCAAAUGUAACUAAAAAAGAGUUUAUAAACUACAUAUUUGUAACAGCAAACUUUUUUAUGAUUGCCAACAGCUCUAUUAAUCCAGUUAUAUAUGGCACAUUAAAUGAUGAAAUUAAAAAAGGCGUCAAAAAAUUACUUUUUUCAAAGAACAAUAAAAAAAAUAACCGAAAAACAAGUAAUAAUAAAGAGUUUGCAAAACAUGAUAUCAUAAUGUAAAAAAAAAAAAAAAAAAAA